AUGCUGCAAGUAGGAGCAACGAAGCUUGAAUGCUUCGCCAGUCUCAACACCACCGUCAUAGUGCGCGGAUACGAUGAUCUUUGGCAAGCUGACUUGGUAGAGAUGCGUCCUUACUCGCGAUUCAAUAGAGGCUACCACUAUAUACUCACUAUUAUCGAUGUGUUGAGCAAAUAUGCGUGGGCUGUACCGAUGAAGAGCAAGAGCGGUAAAGAAGCAGUGGCAGUGUUCGCCAGGAUAUUUCAAGAAUCUGGAAGAUGUCCGAAAAAUUUGCAAACGGACCAGGGAAAAGAAUUUUAUAAUGCGGAUCUGCAGAAAUUCCUUAAAAACACGAACGACAUGUGGAAAAUGUUUACGUUGAAUGGAACAUACAAAUGGAUCGACUCGUUACCACACCUUAUCAUGGAGUACAACACACGGAAACAUCGAACUAUCGGCAUGCGUCCUAUCGAUGUGACACCCGAAAUCGCUGAUAAGCUCCUACACACAGUCUACAACAACGUAAAGAUCGCUGCGCCUGCGAGAUUCAAAGUGGGUGAUCUGAUAACUAAUCCAGCGACCUAUCUGCUCGAGGAUUCUCGCGGAAAGUCUAUUGCCGGAGGAUUUUACGAAUACGAACUGCAUCGCGCUGCUAAUCCUGACGUUUAUCUCGUGGAAAAGGUGUUGCAAAAAAGCGGCGACAAGGUUUUAGUGAAAUGGUUGGGGUUUGAUAAUUCGCACAACUCUUGGAUACACAAAGAAAAUGUAUUGUAA